GCCAGUCCUUCGUCGCUUACCGGUCGGCCUGAUAGACAGGACUCAAACCCACCCGCCCAAGCAACUAUAGUACAAACAUUGCAAUCUUUUUAAUUUAAAAAUGAAGUUGCUUGCAAUACCCACUGAAGUGGAGAAUGACAUAUUCAAAAGUAUCAAUUAUAGCCGUGCUCAGCUUAUGAUGGAUUUACAAAUGUUGAAAAAAUGGCUCGCCACCCAAGAUCAUCUUCCAUCAUGCAAAUUUUCUGAAAAUGACAAUUUCUUCUAUUCUUAUCUUAUAAGCUGUAAAGGAAGUUUGGAAAUGUGUAAGAAAAAAAUUGAUGCCUAUUAUACAUCAAGGAGAAAACAUUUAGAUUCAUUUGGCAUAAUCGAUCCUUUGAAAGCUUGUAUCACCCAAUGCCGUGAAUAUUUAGAUGUAUUCUCAUUGCCUCAACCCACUCCUGAUGGCUCAAGAAUAAGCUUAGUCAGGUUGAAAAACUCAAGCCUUGAAAUAUACGAUUUUCUCGCAACGAUACAAGUCAUGUUAUUAAUAAUGGAACACAAGCUGAGAAUGGAAGGCAUUACAAACGGUGAUUAUUAUAUUUUAGAUGCCAAACCAGGUUACACGCCAGCUCAUAUUCUAAGGAUUAACGCAUCAGUUGUAAAAGAUACAAUGAUUUAUUUAUCAAAUGUAUUACCAUGGCGAGUACGAGGGUUGAUUUUUAUCAAUGCGCCAUCUUAUGUUGAAAUAGCUGUCAACACAUUUUUCAAGCCUUUCUUAAAGAAAAAAAUUAGAGAAAGGAUUACAGUCACAGAGGAAGGUACAACUUUAUUACAUAGAUUGUUUCCCGCCAAAAUUCUACCGAAGGAUUAUGGUGGUGAGAGUCCAUCGUGCGAAGAACUAACUAGUGCCUGGAUGGAUAAAAUUGAAGCCGAAAGGGACUGGUACUUGCAACACUGUACACCAACAACCGAAGAGAGCAAACGGAUAGAAAACGACUGUUCGAAUAAGAAUCCAAUUUUUGGGGUGCACGGUUCUUUAAAAAAAUUAUGCAUUGAUUAACGACCAAGAUAGGACAUUUUGGUUUAUAUACGAGAAACAAAAAAAAACACUACAAUUAUAAAUUAUUAAUCACAUACAGAAAACAAGAAAAUCAUUUAAUGUAUUAGGCUCCUACAAAAAAAGAUGAUACAUUGUUUACUAAUUAUGUAUUCAACUUCUUGCCUUUUGUAAACAUAAAAGUGUAACAAUUCGUUGUUAAAUAAAAUUGUGCUUUGUUAAUUACUUAAUGAAAGUUAAAACAUUUUCAAUAUGUUGUUGGUUCCAUAUUCAAAUGUGAGUGUUGUAUCUAUCCAUCCUAAAUUAUAUCGACGAAACUACACACGAGAAACAAUGAAAAAUAUACUGAAAUGUAUUUUGCCUCGCGAACACAAGAAACAAAAGAGUAAAAAAGUAUGCGGGUAUACUUAUUUCUAAUAUCACGUUUUAUUACAAAUUUGUUCAGUGCAUACGUUAAUCAGCAUGAACUAUAUAAAUGAAAAGUGUAAAUUCCAAACAUACCAUUCAAAAUUUAUUAAUUGUGGCAAUUAAGGAUUGAGACAAUUGAAUGUAAUAAAAACAGCAUAUUUAUGAA